AUGACGGAAGUGAUCGAGAUGCUCAUGAUCAUACUGAUCGUUACGCUCUGCUUCCUAAUGAUCCCGUUCAACACAAAACCGAGUGCGGUGAUCGAGUCGCGGCGCAAGUUUGACGUGUUCGUCCGCCUGUACGACAAACCUUAUCGGAGUGAUGCGCGCGAGUACGCGUACCGGUUUCAGAUCUUUCGGACGUCGCUGAGCAAAAUUAAGCAGCUGAACGAGUGGAGCCGGGAAGCGAACGACACCGCGAUCUACGGCAUUACGCAAUAUGCCGAUCUGACCGAUCGGGAGUUUAUUGCCCGCCAGCUGGCCGAUCUGUUUCCAGACGAUCCGGCGAGCGGUGGAACGCCACGCGCUUACCAAAAGUAUGUGAUCGAGUCGCACAGUGCGGAGAUGAAGAACGACAUCAUAUUUUCGCGGGCGCGCCGUGAGCUGAAGGUUCCGAACAAUCUACCACUGACGGUUGAUUGGCGGGAAAAGGGAGUCAUCCCAGCGGUCAAGAAUCAGGGCAGCUGUGGAGCUUGUUGGGCGAUCAGCGUGGUCGACACGAUAGCGUCACUGGCGGCGAUCAAGCGAAACGAUCGCAAGCUGGUCGAGCUGUGCCACGAGCGCGUCGUGCGGUGUGCCGCGAAUGGAAACAAUGGAUGCGAUGGUGGUGACACCUGCCGUUUGUUGGAAUGGUUGGCGGAUGAAAGUUAUCGGAUUGGGGCCGCUGAAUCCUGCCCGGAGCGCAAUAUGGCCGAUCAGGAGGGAAAUUGUACGAGCGACAAGCCGUUAGGGAACGGAGUACGGAGAGAGGAUAGUGUUUCGAAUGCUACCUUAGUGAAACGGUUCUCGUGUCAAGGCUUCGAAAACGAAGAACACGUAAUGUUGCGCCAUCUCGCAACGAAAGGACCGAUCGUGGCCGCUGUAAAUGCCAUCUCGUGGAAGUACUAUCUCGGAGGGAUCAUACAGUUCCACUGUGAUUCGGAUUAUGAACGGCUCAACCAUGCGGUGGCCAUCGUGGGCUACGAGCUGAACGCAACCGUACCGUAUUACAUCGUGAAGAACUCCUGGGGACCACGGUUUGGCGAUCGUGGCUAUGUGAAGGUAGCGAUCGGACGGAAUCUGUGCGGUAUCGCGAAUCGUGUAUCGUUCAUAGAAUUGGUGUGA